CAGUAGCUCGUCUCACCCGGGAAACAGCCUCCCGACAUCCGGCUGCAUCUUACUCUUCUCUUCUUCUCUUCAAUCACCCAUACACCGUCUCACUCCUCUACUUUCUACAUACUCUUUACCCUCCAUCUCCAAAAUAGUACAACCAAAUCAAAAUGGCCUCCGGACUCAUCCUCAACCCCCACAACCUCCUCCGCGCCGCUCCCCUCAUCUCAUCUACCUGCACCCUCUGGUUCGCAUUCGACCAAGACCUGGUCCUAAACGUCUUCUUGCACCCGGACCACCGUCCCCGCAGCAACGAGAUCUUACCAUCCUAUUUCCGCGUGCUCUUCCGCCGCGGCGUUGUCCGCGUCCUAGGCCUCCUGGCCAUCUCCAUGGCGGGAGGCGGAUACAACAUUCUAAAGGAUCGUCGAUCAGGGGUAGUAGCGGGCCUCCAAUCAUCCUUGUCGUGGUAUGUAGCCGGCACAGCACUCGCCGCUAGUCAUUUGCUUUAUGUGCCUAUUAUUGCUCCGAAGGUGCUGGCCAUCAUGGAGGAUGAGUCAAAGGGUUCCUCGACGGUGGAUCUGGAGGGUUGGUUGACGAUUCAUCGGGUGAGGACUUGGACGGUGGAUUUUGCGGCGUGGGCUUGUUUUGCGGUGGGGGUGGGGUUGGCGUAGGUAGUUUGGGGAUUGGUUGGUAUGUAGACAGCUACUUUGAUGUACUCAUGUAAAAUAUGUGAUGGGAUUCAUUUCAGUUUCAUGUAGUCCUACUUCUCUGCAAUCUCCACCGCAUGCCAUAUACUUCGUAUACACCAAACAGCCCCAGGACCCACUUACACUUAGAUAUACAAAAACAUCUAUAUCUUUGACU